AACCUAAAUUAUGAUCAUUACAUGAGCCGCCAGUUUUCGCAAGAACAAUGGAAGAUAAUAACAAUAAUACAUCGAUCGACAUGGAAGAAGACCCAGCAGUAGUAGAGUUUGAGGAAGAACAAGACAACAUCGACGAUGAAGAAGAAGAUGAAGAUGACGAUGAUUAUGAAGAAGAGGAAGAGGAAGAUGAUGAUGAUGAUGAUUAUGAAGACGAAGAAGUGGAAGAGUUGAUAUCGUCCAAUGAGUGUGAGCCAGUGAUAAAAAAGAACGGUGGUGGUGGUGAUGAUGAAGAAAAGAAUGAGACGAAGAGAGACGAGUUUGAUGUUUGCUCUAUUUGCCUUGAAAGUUGGACUAGUGGUGGAGAUCAUCGAAUUUGCUGUCUUCCUUGUGGGCAUAUAUAUGGAAUGUCAUGCAUUAGAAAGUGGCUCGUAUGGUGUCAAAGUGAUGGGAAGUGCCCUAAGUGCAAAAGCUUAUGCACAUUGAAGGAUAUUAGAGUUCUUUAUGCAACUCGGCUUUGUGUUGCCGAUGAAAAGCCACACGAGGCUUCUACUAUCAACUUCCCAUACACCAGAGAGGGUUUUAAUGAAUUUCAGCAGUAUGUAUUUUCUUGCAUGGAUGAAUUGAAGCAGCGUGCGGAAGAUUUUGAUUCACGUUUGCAUAUUUUGCAGCAAAUAUGCGACGAGCUUAGGGCGCAGGCACCAGAGAACAGUCGGUAGUUUGAUGCUUUGCACAAUCUAGUGUGCGUUUUGGGAAUGAAUUAAGGACCGAGAAAUAUUAUGCAUGCAUUGCAUUGCUAUGUUCUAGUUAUGUUUUUAAUAUUAACUGCAUGGGGAAUUUUGUACAUCUUUAAUAGCUGGUUAUGGAGGAAAAAAGGAAAGAUUCAUUGCAAA